GGCGGGCGGCGGGCGACGGCGGCGGCGGCGGGAGGAGGCGGCCGAGGAGGCGGGGGCGGCGGCAGGCGGGGGGCGGGGAGCCGAGCGCGAGAGGGAGGCGAGCGGCGAGAUCCAGGCUCCGAGGCUCCUGCGAGCGAGCGAGCGAGAGAGCGAGCGACGAGCGCGCCUGGGUGGGAGCGAGCGAGCGAGCGAGCGAGCGACAAGCCGCGCCGCCGCCGCCGCCGCGCAAUCCGCCGCCAUCCCGCCGCCCCCGCGCCCCUCCGCCGCCCGACCGCCAUCGCCCGGCCCCGUCGCGCCCGUGGAACCAGACCAGGCAGAUCAGGAGCGGUGCCAAGAAAAAUUUCCUUACUAGAUGACAUUUCAUCGCAAUGUCCGAUCGUUUGGGGCAACUAACCAAGGGCAAGGAUGGGAAAAGCAAGUACUCGACUCUCAGCCUGUUUGAUAAGUAUAGAGGAAAACCAGUAGACGCGGCCAGAUCCUCAGUUAUUCCUAGACAUGGCUUACAGAGUCUUGGGAAAGUUGCCACGGCCCGGCGCAUGCCACCACCUGCAAACCUGCCAAGCUUGAAGUCGGAAAACAAAGGAAACGACCCCACCAUCGUGAUAGUACCCAAGGACGGAACGGGAUGGGCAAACAAGCAGGACCAGCAAGACCCAAAGAGUUCCAGUGCGACAGUCUCUCAGCCGCCGGAGUUGCAGCAGCAGCCGGGUUUGCAGAAAUCUGUCUCCAGUUUGCAGAAACCGACUCAGUCCAUCAGUCCGGAGAACACAAAUUCAGUGCCAGGUGGACCAAAGUCAUGGGCACAGCUGAAUGGAAAGCCAGCAGGACCCGAAGGUGGUUUAAGGGGCUCAAGCCGACUACUAUCCUUCUCUCCCGAGGAAUUUCCGACGCUGAAAGCAGCUGGAGGGCAGGACAAGGCUGGCAAAGAAAAGGGCGUCUUAGAUCUGUCGUAUGGGCCCGGACCAAGCCUCCGCCCUCAGAAUGUGACAAGCUGGAGGGAGGGCGGUGGGCGAAACAUAAUUUCUGCCACGUCUCUGGGCGCCUCCCCAACUGAGCUGGGCAGCAGGAACUCGAGUGCGGGAGACGGAGCCCCCUCCUCAACAGGUGCCAGCGAUUCUAAGGACCCCUCUCUCCGCCCGGCUCAGCCAGUCCGCAAAGGGGCCUCACAGUUCAUGGGAAGUGUAUACCACCCACCUACCUACCAUGACAUGCUUCCUGCCUUUAUGUGUUCGCCACAGUCAUCCGAGAACCAGGGCACAGUGGAACGCAGCUCUCUCCCCCUUCCUCAGCUCCGCCUGGAACCCCGUGUUCCUUUUAGACAGUUCCAGAUGAAUGAACAGGAUGGAAAAGAAAACCGACUGGGGAUGGCUCGCCCAGUCCGUCCGCUGAGGCAGCUGGUGGAACGGGCGCCUCGGCCCACCAUCAUCAACGCCGAGAACCUCAAGGGCCUCGAUGACUUGGACACCGAUGCGGAUGAUGGCUGGGCAGGCCUCCAUGAAGAAGUGGACUAUUCUGAGAAACUGAAGUUCAGUGAUGAUGAAGAGGAAGAAGAAGCCGUGAAGGACGGCAGGCCCAAAUGGAAUGCCUGGGACCCCAGGAGGCAGCGGCAGUUAUCCAUGAGCUCUGUGGACGGUGCUGAUGCCAGGCGUGCCCCAGAGGAAGGGAAGGACUGGGGCGAAGCAGCAGUCACGUCCUGCAGUGUCCCACAACCACCUUCCAGAAAGCUUCACAGCUGGGCACCAGGCCCUGAAUACCAGAAGUCCCCCACGGGCAGUGUGUUCCGGCAGCAGUCUGUGGAGGAGAAGGAGGACAGGCCACCCCCACGGCAGAAGUUCAUCCAGUCAGAGAUGUCGGAGGCCGUGGAGCGGGCCCGCAAGCGCCGAGAGGAGGAGGAGCGCCGGGCUCGGGAGGAGAGGCUGGCCGCCUGUGCUGCUAAACUCAAACAGCUCGACCAGAAGUGUAAGCAGGCCCAGAAGGCCAGCGAGGCCCAGAAGGUCGUGAAGAAGGAAGUCCCCCGAUCUCCAGGCUCUGAGAAGGUGUCCCCGCAGGAGAAUGGCCCUGCUCUCCGCAAAGCAUCUCCGGAGUUCCCCGUGCAGGAAGCUCCCGCCACAUUCUCAGAAGAGGCUCCCACAGCUUCCCCAGCCAUGGCCCCAGGCAGCGGCAGCAGCAGCAGUGAGGAAGAGGCCCAGGAGGCCAGCUCCCCUGCCCAGGAGUUCAGCAAAUACCAGAAGACCCUUCCCCCCCGAUUCCAGCGCCAGCAGCAGCAGACACAGCAGGAGCAGCUGUACAAGAUGCAGCACUGGCAGCCCAUGUACCCUCCGCCCUCCCACCCACAGCGCACCUUCUACCCACACCACCCCCAGAUGCUGGGCUUCGACCCACGCUGGAUGAUGAUGCCUUCCUACAUGGACCCCCGCAUCACACCCACACGGACCGUGGAUUUCUACCCCUCGACCUUACACCCUUCAGGACUCAUGAAGCCACUGAUGCCCCAGGACUCCCUCAGUGGAACUGGCUGUCGCUCUGAGGAGCAGAGCUGCAUACCCCAACUCCAAGAACGAAAAGUGACUCCCCUGGAUCCGACGCCUGUGUGGAGCCCUGACGGCUACAUGGCGUUGCAGAGCAAGGGCUACUCGCUUCCCCCUCCGAAGCCCAGUGACCCUCUGACUGUGGACGUACAUGGCAGGAAUGAAAGCUCUUACUCUGCCUCACCUGGAAGGUCAGGGGGCGUAAGUGCCCAACGCGAUCUCUUUGAGGAGAGAGGGGAGGAAUACUUGAGUGCUUUUGACAAGAAGGCCCAAGCCGACUUUGACAGCUGUGUCUCUUCUCAGAGGCUAGGCCAGGAGCUUUUAUUUCCAUCCCAACAGAAUGUGCAGGAAGUGGGUCCCCGUGGCGGUCACACUCCUAGCCUCCGGCGCUCCCCACUGGAGCCCGACUUGGUCCCCGCUGGCAGCUGGGAUGUCAGCCAGCAGCCCAAGGCCGCCGCCACAGCCGCCGGGGCCGAGCAGCCGGCUCUCCCGCGGGAGUCCUUCAGCGUCUCCUCCUGGGAGAAGGAAGGGAGCCCUAGCAAGCAGCCGCCCUCGGAGCCCGAGUGGACCCCUGAGCCGCGGAGCGCCAGCAGCCAGCAGCAAGAGCAGACAGGCAGGACCCGGAGGUCAGGGCCUAUCAAGAAACCUGUGCUGAAAGCCCUCAAGGUGGAAGACAAGGGGAAGGAGCUGGAGAAGAUGAAGCAGGAGCUCGGAGAGGACGGCGCCCGACUGACCAAGGACAAGGAGCCUGCUGCCCAGGUCCGAGGGGACGAAGAGGAGGAGAACGCCCCCUCCCUGGCCUGCUCCUCCCCCGCAGAGGCCAGGGGCUCUCCCCAGGCGGGUUGUGGCCACGAGGCUAAUAAGUUGGAAGAGGACGAGAAGCCUGACAAGGCCUGGGAGGCCAGACCCUCGCGUGAGUCCAGCGAUGUGCCCCCGACAAAGCGGAACAACUGGAUCUUUAUAGAUGAGGAGCAAGCCUUUGGGGGCAGAGGGCAGGCCCGGAGCCGGGGCCGCGGCUUCAGAGAAUUCACCUUUCGUGGCCGGCCCACCGGCGCAAGUGGAGGCAGUGUCUGUGGCGGGGGGGUCAUUGGGGCGCGUGGCAUCUACAGCAGCACCCCACGCGGGGGCCGGGGCCGGGGCCUGAGGGAUUUCCCUCAGCCAGAGGAGUGCCCACGCACCAAGCCCCGGCGCAGGAUCGCCAGCGAGACCCACAGCGAGGGCUCAGAGUACGACGAGCUGCCCAAGCGGCGCCGGCAGAGAGGCACCGAGGCUGGGCACGAGGGCUCGCUGCUGGAGCGGGAGGAGAGCGCCCUGAAGAAAGACUCGUGGCGCUCCCACAAGACCUACUGCGAUGACCAGAGCGUGCUGGACGCUAAGAGCCGGGGCCCUCGGGCCUUCGGGCGCGCCCUCCCGCCCCGGCUCAGCAACUGCAGUUAUGGGCGGAGGACCGUCCUCUCCAAAGAGACUGCCCACUGGCAGAGCCGAAGCGCCAGCAGCUCGUGGCAGGAGUACAGCCCUGAUGCAGGUGCUGCCCGUCGCGCCUCAGACAGAGACCAUGUCGCAGACUCCUACAAGCACAGCGACGUGUUUGGCAGCAGAGCCUUGGAGGACAGCCGUAUGGAGGACAAGAGGUCCUUCUUCCAAGACGACCACACAGCUGAUCUGGAAAAUUCUGAAAACCGACCCUUUAGGAGGAGGCGCCCCCCACGCCAGGACAAGCCUCCCCGUUUCCGGCGACUCCGGCAGGAGCGAGAAUCCUUGGGCUUGUGGGGCCCUGAAGAGGAGCCGCAUCUGCUGGCGGGUCAGUGGCCAGGCAGAUCCAAACUCUGUCCUGGGGACCAGAGCGGGGCCGGGGGCCGCAGGUCUCCUGAGCUCUCGUACCAGAACUCCUCUGAUCAUGGCAAUGAGGAGUGGGAGACAGCCUCUGAGAGCAGCGACUUCAGCGAGCGCCGGGAGCGGCGCGAGGGCCGUGGGGCUACAGCUGCCCCACUGGGGGAUGGAGGCCUGUGUGGGGCCAGCCUGGGGGAGAAGAAGGAGAUGGCCAAGCGCAGUUUCUCCAGCCAGAGGCCCCUGGGGGACAGACAGAGCCGCAAGCUGGAGCCGGGAGGGUUUGGGGAGAAGCCUGCUAGGCCGAGUGGUGGUGAAACAUCCCCCCGUUACGAGAGCCAGCAGAGCGGGACGCCUGUGAAAGCCAACAGGUCCCCAGAUGAGGCCUUGCCUGGAGGCCUUAGUGGCUGCAACAGUGGGAACAGCCAUUCGCCCUAUGCCCUGGAACGGGCCACACAUGCCAACUGUGAUAGUCCUGAAGCCGCCGGUAAGAAGGCGGACAAGGAGACUACGCUGGCUGCCCAGAGGGCCAGCGAGCAGGGGGAGGCCCGGAAGCAGUUUGACCUGAGCUACGGAAAUGCCAUCAUUGACAACUGUGGGUCCAGCCCCGGGGAGGAAAGUGAGGUGGGCUCUGUGGUGGGUGAAGGCUUCAUCGAGGUCCUGACCAAGAAGCAGCGCCGCUUGUUGGAGGAAGAGAGAAGGAAAAAGGAGCAAGCCGUUCAGGUGCCUGUCAAAGGUCGUGGUCUUUCCUCCCGCAUUCCUCCCCGAUUUGCUAAAAAGCAAAGCAGCUUGUGCCUGGAGCAGGGUGACGUGGCCAUGCCUGGCAGCAGCCUUGGCACCGAGAUCUGGGAGAGCAGCGGCCAAGCGCUCCCUGUGCAGGCUGCAGCCAGCGACUCCUGGAGGAAAGCUGUCACCGCCUUCAGUAACAGUGAGCCCAGCUCUGGCGAGCAGGGUUUGAAGAGCAGCCAGGGUGAUAGUGGCGUGGACUUGAGUGCCGAGUCUCGAGAGUCGUCUGCGACCUCUUCCCAGCGCAGCUCCCCAUACGGGACUCUGAAACCCGAGGAGAUGAAUGGGGCAAGCCCGGCAGAACCCAAGGCCGACAGCCACAAGGAGCAGGCUCAGAAGCCAUCUGAGCCAAAGGACUCCGAACAAGGCCCAGGACAGAGCAAGGAGCACAGACCAGGACCCAUUGGCAAUGAACGCUCUCUGAAAAACAGGAAGGGGUCAGAAGGGGCCGAGAGGCUGCAAGGGGCCAUCCCGCCUGUGAACGGGGUGGAGAUCCACGUGGACUCCGUGCUGCCUGUGCCGCCCAUUGAAUUUGGAGUGAAUCCAAAAGACUCCGAUUUCAGCUUGCCACCUGGUUCUGCCUCUGGUCCUGCAGGAAACCCAGUUGUUAAACUUCAGGAUGCCUUGGCCAGCAACGCAGGGUUAGCACAGGGUAUUCCUGUCCUGCGGCGGGAUCACCACAUUCAGAGGGCCAUUGGCCUCUCCCCAGUGUCGUUCCCCUCUGCCGACCUCACUCUGAAGAUGGAGUCUGCACGCAAGGCUUGGGAAAACUCGCCCAGUUUGCCAGAGCAGAGCUCUCCAGGAGGUGCUGGUUCAAGCAUCCAGCCCCCGUCCUCGGUGGGCGCCUCCAGUGGGGCCAGCUACAGCUCCUUUGCUGGAGUGUCCAUGCCUCCCAUGCCAGUGGCCUCUGUUGCACCUUCUUCUAUACCAGGCAGCCACCUCCCGCCACUGUACCUGGAUGGGCAUGUGUUUGCCAGUCAGCCCCGUCUGGUCCCUCCAACAAUGCCACAGCAGCAGAGCUACCAACAGGCCGCUGCCCAGCAGAUCCCCCUCUCCUUGCACACGUCCCUGCAGGCUCAGGCUCCGCUGGGCCUCAGGGGCGGGCUUCCUGUCUCCCAGUCUCAGGAGAUCUUCAGCUCCUUACAGCCCUUCAGGUCUCAGGUGUACAUGCACCCCAGCCUGUCACCGCCCAGCACCAUGAUCCUCUCCGGAGGCACAGCCCUGAAGCCUCCAUAUUCGGCCUUCCCUGGCAUGCAGCCCUUGGAGAUGGUGAAGCCGCAGUCUGGCUCGCCCUAUCAGCCCAUGAGUGGGAACCAAGCCCUAGUCUACGAGGGCCAGCUCAGCCAGGCUGCUGGCUUGGGCGCCUCCCAGCUGUUGGACUCCCCGCUCCCACAGCUGACCAUGCCGCUGCCACGGUACGGCUCUGGGCAGCAGCCUCUCAUCCUGCCACAGCCCAUCCAGCUGCCGCCUGGACAGAGCCUUUCUGCUGGGGCUCCCCGGAGAGUUCCUCCCCCCGGCUCCCAGCCACCGGUCCUGAACACCAGCAGAGAGUCCUCUCAGAUGGAGCUGAAAGGCUUCCACUUUGCCGACAGUAAACAGAAUGUUCCUACAGGAAGCUCUGUACCAUCACCACAGGCCUACAGGCCUAGCUCUGCUAGCCCCAGUGGGAAGCCCUGUGGAUCAGCAGUUAACAUGGGCUCUGUGCAGGGACACUACGUGCAACAGGCAAAGCGAGUGGAUGAGAAGCCCAGCCUGGGAGCCGUGACGCUGCCGGAGGCCCCCUCGGCUGCCUCCCACGUGAGGCGGACCGGAGCCAUCAAGCCUCGGGCCGUCAAGGUGGAAGAAAGUAAGGCCUGAAGGUGCCCGCUGCUGCUCGCCACCCAGAGGACUGUGCCACCCCAGCCUCAACAGCCUGCGCCCCCUGCGGGCUGAGAGCGCCUCCUCACCUCCGCUCCAGAAAGCUCCUUGUCGGCCAGCUUCGUGCCCGUGGAUACAUGCCACUGACCUGCUUGCUCUGACACAAGAAAAAGCAAAUGACUCCCUCCUUCCCCUGUCCUCCUUCCCGUGUGACACUGGAGUGCCACCCUUCCACCUCCCCUCUGUCCUGCUCCGCGCAGCCAGCCGCGGUGCCCAGCAGUGCCCACAGCCCUGCCUCCUGUCUCCAUGCACAUGGAUUGGACAACAGGGCAUUGUAGCUGGAUGCUCUCACAGAGAAAGGCAGCGAACACAAUGCCAGUUCUGUCUGUACAGCUGAACUUUGAUAUGUUCCUCGCCGUUCUCUCUUCCCUGUUUCCAGCAGUGUCCUUUGCUUUCUGUCCUGUUGAAUUUGAAGCGUCACUGUGCCACUUUAAGAGGCGGCUCUUGGGGACACAGCCCUGACUCUCUGUUGGUUGACCAUGGAGGCUGUGUAGGGCGGGCUGGGAGCACCCUGGUGGGAGGCAGUGAGGUUGGUGUCUGUCGGGUUCCAGUCCCUGACCUGAAACUGAUGAUGUUUGAGCAUAGUGGGCACUGGCAGUGGGAUAGAGUCCCUGUUGGGUCCCACAGUGGUCUGCAGGGGCGCUGUGCUUGGCCCACGGCGAGUGACGGGCACAUGGGAACAGCCAUCAGGUCACACCUGCAGGACAGGCAUCUGGUCUUCCUCCCAGCAGCAGCAGGCCAGGCACCCUGGGCGACCUCGGAGGAGGGACAGUGCCAUGGGUCUGCAGAGCCACUUUCACCAAAGGUGUGUGUGAGCUGCUGGGCCCUGUGCCCCUGGUGGUGUGUGCAUUUGGCAGGAGUCAUCCAAGGGCGAUGAAGGGGAGGGGACUCUCCAGCCGUCCAGCUCCCUGUGGGAGUUGCCACGUUGACCACCAGUGGAUCUGCAGGAGACGUGGUUCAGUGAGCAAACUGCACGGCGACCUCUGGGGCUCAGGCUCUGGCUCCUGAAGUCACAUGGAGCCUGGAAGAAGUGUCUUAGGAACUGCUCACCGUGGCCACCUGGGCAGACUGGGGCAGCUGUCCAUGUUACCGCCUCACCUGUAGCUUGCAGCAGCUCCCGCUCCGGCCUUCACCUCAGACUUCCCUCGAUUGUACCUCCCCCUCCCUCCCCACUCAAGGACCCGGGUCCCCUCUUCUGCUGUCCUUCCUCGUCCCUGUGGUGAGCCUCUGUCCUUCACCUCAUUACCUAGCCAUCCCUGGAUGAGCCCGGGUCAGCGGAGUGGCCAGCCUUCACCUCUGCCCAUGCUCCUCAGAGCACAGCCCGGCUUACUCAGACCUGUGCCGGCGCACGUGGUUAAUCAAAGGAAAAACUGUCUUCUUGUUCUGGAACUCCAAAGAACAGUCCUGGAUGCUGUUACAAGUUGUUUCUUUCAGGUGGACCAGCCUUUUGAAUGGCAGCACUUCCUGUUGAAGAAAAAAAUAAAACCCUGAGGUCACCUGUUGUCCAGCUCCAGCCCUCUUCCCACCCUGUGCUCCCCCUCCUCCCUGAUACCCCAAAUAAAAACAAAACACUAGAAUUUA